UAAAACCCCAAACUUCUUUAGUAUGUCUAAGAAAACAAUCAAAGCAGAAAUGAGGAAAUGUGUGAGCAUCUGUGAGCCUGGACCAAAUGUUCUUCUGCUGUUAGUGAAACCUUCAUCAUUCACACAAAGCAAGCGGCAAACCCUCACAUCCAUCCUCAGUUUGUUGGGACCAGAACCUCUGAGGCACUCGUUGGUCGUUAAGACCCAUGACCUGAUUGAAUCUCAGGCAGUCAAACAGCUCAUUAGAGACUGUGAUGACCGACUGUACAACAUGUAUGAAAAUGACCAGAAAAUGAUCAUGAAGAAGGUUAAAGCAACAGUGCAUAAAAACAAGGGAGCCUACCUCACCACCACUGAAGACAACAUGGAACCAGAAGCUGUAUUUAAUAAGCCCGUAUUAAACCUGGUUCUGUUAGGGAGCAGAGUAGCAGAGAAAGCUUCAGUAGCCAAGGCCAUUCUAGGUCAGAAAGAGCUUAAUUUGGCCUCUAACCCAUCAGACAUCAUCAUGAAUCAGGAGGAUCUGUUUGGGUGUUGGGUUUCUGUUCUGGAGAUGCCUUCCCUGUAUGGAAAAUCUCAUGAGGAGGUGAUGCAGGAAUCCUUUAAGUGUAUCUCUCUCUUUGAUCCUGAGGGUGUCCAUGCCUUCAUCUUGGUCCUACCUGUGGGUCCACUCACUGAUGAAGACAAGGGCGAGUUACAGACCAUCCAGGACACAUUCGGCUCUAGAGUCAAUGAUUUCACCAUGAUCCUGUUCACUGUGGAGUCAGAUCCUACAGCUCCAGCCAUCAUUGACUUCAUCAGAGAAAGUAAAAGUGCCCCAGAACUCUGUCAGAGCUGUGGAGGAAGAUAUUUUGUUCUGAACAUUAAGGACCAGCAGCAGAUCCCAGAACUAUUGAGUGUCGUAGAAAAAAGCAGAACAUAUAUGGACAACCAACGCUCCUACACAACCAAAACACAUGCCAACGCUCAAGCAGAAAAAGUCUCAGAAAAAGAGAAAAACAUUGAGCACCUGAAGAAAGCACUUCAGGACCUCAAGUGCAAGAACGUCGCUCCUAGUGUUCAUGAGCAGCCAAUCCCCGACAGUCUCAGGAUUGUCCUGAUAGGUAAGACUGGCUGUGGGAAAAGCUCCUCUGGAAACACCAUUCUGGGAAGAGAGGAAUUCAAAGCAGAA